AACACUGUUACCAUUCAGCUGAAGCCAUACAAGAGCUGAAAACAAUAUUCAUCAUCGGCCAAGUGUGUUUGACGAAGGAAGAAACUUAAGUUUGCUGAUUUCCAGAACCCUGUCCUGGCUGAUUCUUCUGUUGAGGCGACAGAGGAAUGGCCAUACCGAGCAUGUCUCGCUCCAUCAGGCUUACAGAUGUUUCUACACUGCUUUAUCUGGAUGAAGGGACCUCGACGUCAGGCACGGAGUGUGGAGAGGAGUCUGAUCUUCAGCCAAGAGCUUUAAAGGAGCCUCAGACAGUGCGUGUAGAAGACACUAGAAUAUCAAACAUCAUGCCGAAGGGCGAGGAAUAUCAAACGUCUGGCUUUACAAGUACAGAAGACAACAAUAUCCAGUCGUGCAUCAGCAACAGGUCAGAUGACUCCAGUGAGAGAGAGGAGAAAGUUACAUCCCGCUGCUUCAGGAAACGUCACAGGAAACACAGAACGGAGAUUGAAGACAUGAAGAAAAGAAGGGAAACAUGUAGAAAAGAGAGAAUGAGAAGAAAUGCUCCUGUCGAUUUUGACCACAAGAGCUUCUCAACACCGGACCGUUUAUCCCAAACCCGGCAGAUCUCUCAAACUCCAGAUUUCCAUGUGUGGGAAUGUCCUCAGGAUGUAGGUGCUUCCCGUUUACGUCUUCACAGGCUGGAAGUUGACUCACCUUCUACCAUUGAGUCUCGCAGCUCGAUAUCUAGCGGUGUGGAACCAAACUUUGACUCUGAGUUUAUUUACGCUGAGAGCAUCAAGGGAUGCGACUCUUCUUGUUACACUACUCCAGUGGACUGUAAUACUCCCAAUACCCUUGUCAAAACUGAUAUAUGCAAUGAACAAGACCCUGUAUCUGUCUUAAAAUGCUUCGACAAAGAAUCUGAAGGCUCGGAUUGUGAUUUGUACGUCUCGAGUAACGUGCCUGGUUGCAGUAUAGAAGCUACAGCAGGUUCUGGAUAUUCCUGCUAUACUUCCAGGUUGAAAGCUGAUCGUUUUAGGUCUUUCAUAGAUGAUUUUGACUUUAAUUCGACUUGUAUUUACACGGACUGGGACAGGAGAGCCGGCAGCACAGAAACCGCCCACCGUUGCAGUCUAAUCGAGGCGGAGUGGGGUUCAGCUUCAUCUAGAUGGAGCUACAGCUCUGAGAGUUCAUGCUACACCACAGACUGUAACACAGACAUACAAACAAGCAGCUCAGAUUCAGACAGCUGUGGUUUAGAGGGUCUUGGUGACAUAAGAUUCCCAGACGGAUGCCCUGAAGUGUUUUUGCCAGGUUGUUUUGAUGCCCUAGGUGCAUUUAAAGACAUCUGCAUUGACACAGAGAGCAAUUCAGAGUCUUCCAUUUCAAGGUUUUGCUCUAAACUGGAAACAGGGGAACUGUGGGGCGUUGUGACUCAAACGGACCGUUGGCAUUUCUCUGAAUUUUUCGGUAAAAUGGUUAAAGAAGUAACACAGGAGAAAGACACAGAGAAAGUGAAUGUAAACGAGGGGUUUCUGUUCCACCCUAAGCAGUUCCUCCAGGUGAAAAACUCAGAAUAUCGAGAGGGUCGUGAAUACUCACUUCUCCGCCACAUUCAAAACGGGUCUUAUGGAGACGUCUUCAGCAUCCGCGACAAACAAACAGGAUUUACAUGUGCCGCCAAGAGGAUUCCCCUUUGUAGUUUUAGGUGGGAGGAAGUAGAAACAUGGAGCAGGAUGGAGUCUCCUCGUGUCCUCCAGCUGUAUGGAGCCGUUAGAGAAGGACCCAAUGUGAUUCUCUUCAUGGACCUGAAAAGAGGUUCUUUAGCUCAGCUGCUGAGAGUGAGGGGUCGUCUCUCUGAAGAUCUGGCUCUGUAUUAUCAUGCUCAGGUUCUGCAGGCUCUCGAACACCUGCACAACAGACGUGUCGUACACCUUGAUGUGAAAGUUGACAACGUGUUGCUGUCCGAGGAUGGCAGACGGUGUUUUCUGUGUGAUUUCGGGCUCUCUGAGACACUCAAUCAGGGCGGAUACAGCAUUAAAACCUUCAGAGUGUGUGUGGUGUGUGCAGGAAACAUCCUGCGUGGCACGGAGUCUCAUAUGCCUCCAGAGGUGGCGCGGGGCGACCCUCGCUCUGCUAAAGCUGACGUCUGGAGCAGCUGCUGUAUGUUACUGCACAUGCUCAGUGGACAUCAGCCCUGGACACGAUUCUAUCCGCAUCCACUCUAUCUGAAGAUCGUCAGUGAGCCGCCUCCUUUAUGUGAGAUCCCACCUGACUGUGACCCCCUGACCUGUGAUGUCAUCAGAGGGGGACUGGCUAAGGAGCCGGGAGAGAGACACUCAGCAUCCCAACUGCUGCACAAAACUGUUAAAGCACUCAGAACAGUAUGUGGGAUCUCUGGGCCUGGAGGAGCAUCCGAACAACAUUCAGCCCCUCCAUUCGAAGAGUCUUCUGUCCCAUCCAUCCCGAAAACUCCUGAAUCUACCAUGACAACAAGGCCUCCUAGCUUCCCAGAAGACCUCUCCGCACCCACAAUCCACUGGGUGAGCACAUGGAGACAGACGGCACCAAACGAGGAUGAUUCUGACUCGGAGGAAAGCCAGUGGGAUGAGGAUGCAGAAAUGAACAAGCUAACAAGAGACAAGACGAGCAGCUGGAUGGACAGAUACUGGGGGGAGGAGGAAAAGAAUGAGGAACAAAACUAUUCAGACGAUGACAGAGAACUUGAGUCUGAUGAAGAGAUUUGUGAUAAAGAUGCAUCACAGAUCCACGAAAAUCUGACAGAGAAUCAAACAGAUCCUGAAGAAAGCAAAACUGAUCAUUUCAUGGAAAAGAGAGAUGUAAUUGGAGGAUGUGGUGAAUAUGAUAGAAGUCUUUUAGAGGAAUCAGAGAGCUGGGAUGGAGAGAUCCGAAGCUUUGUGGAUGAUGAAGAGGUGGAGAGUGAUUUGGAGAGUCUUCGAGAGCUGGGAAGCGAUUGCGCACAAGAGUGGGAACCGUUUCUACAGCUCCAGACACUUUAUCGCCCGAGAGAAGCUCAACAGCUUAGCGAAGACAGCUACUCUGAGUCUGAAGAAGAGUCGGUCAUGCUGAGGAAGAGUGAACAAAAAAGCCCAAGUUCACCUGAUUCUCAUGGACUGCAACCUCUCACCUGCACCAGCCGCUGUGACUCUGAGCAAGAUCUUAGUGAGGAGGACUCUGAUGAUUGUAGCUCAGGGGUUUUCUCCUCCUGCAGCACUGCAGAUGAUCAAAGCUUCAAUGUUGAUUGGUCUGUGUCGACUGAUCAGACGCCUUCUUGCUACUUUGAAGGUCUUGGCGUGGAUAUAUGGGUGGAAGACGUAAGUGGAGAAAGUUUAAAGAUCAGAGAGAGGCCACAAGUGAAAAUCGGACACAUUGCUGUGGGAAUCAGUGAACAGAUAUCUUUGAGGACCUUCAGUUUGGCCACCCUGGAUGGGCGGCUGGUGUCUCAGGACACAGAAGUGUGUGUAUCGGGCAUGUGGCUGCAGUGUGUCCCUGCUCCUGAUGGCAGUCCCAGCUGGGAUUGGAGGGUCAGAGAUGGAAAACUAGAGAUGCAAGAAUAUGAUGAACAUUCAGACACCUGUUCAACAUUGCCACUCUAGCAAAAGUGACCACUACAAACAAACAGAACUGGAGUUGUUUACAUCUCAUUCUUUUCAUUUGUAGCAUUAUGAUGCCGACUUUAUUUGUCACUCAUGCAUUUGUGUAUUAACUUGUGUUGGAUUGAAUCCAAUCCUAGUGUGUCAAAUGAUACAAUUAUUUUGGCGCAACUGUACAGGUACAAUGUAAAUUUGUUGUAUUUAUAGUUGUUGUUAUGAAGAAAACACGGUUUGACUCUGUUAUAGACAAUAUUAAAAUAUACACAAACACA